AUGAGUCGGAGACUGUCGAGAGCCAUAGAAGAGGGCCAAGAAAGGGUGUGUUUAUAGGACAGGGGGAGGGGAUGAAUAGAGGAAAGAUGGAAGAGUUUCGCGUCGGCGGCAGAUUCUUAUCUGGCCCCCUUCUUCCCAAAAGGUGGACACUUCUGCGUCACUUCUGCGUCUCGACAACUCUCUGACAGAUUUUUUCAUCCAACACUGAAGUCGUCGGUGUUCCGAUGAAAUCGAGUGAUUCAGGGCAUAUCGACGGACUUCACGGCCGCUCGGCUAAAGUCUGGAGCCGGUGAGAACGCGAUUCACGUUCUGAACUCACUGGCCGAUGCGGCUCUCGUACAGGCUGGAUUCCAGUGGCAGCAGUGAGUGCUUCCAACUUGUCGCCACACAAUAUGAUCACUUUCAGAAUGGUUCCACCGAAAGAGGAAGAUGAGGACACUGCGGUCGACGAGCAAGAAGAGGAGAAUGAGCAGGAGGAGGUUGACGAAGAGCCGACGAACUUUCUGGACGAUGAAGACGAUGACAACGUCAUUGAGAUCGACCUGAAGGCCCAGGGACUGGUCACCGAAUCGGUAGGAUCUUGAAAUUGAACAGAAGAGACCAAAAGACCAAUGAACUUCAGAAAACGCCUCUUCAAGGUGUACUCCAAAGCAACACGGACGCUUUGACGUGGAUGCAAGAGGUGGAGCGAGUGGCUCCGCAUCUGAAGAUCACUCUGCGGCAGGACGCGAAAGAUUGGCGGCUGCACCUGGAGCAGAUGAACUCGAUGCACAAGACGGUCGAGCAGAAAGUGAGCAAUGUGGGACCGCAACUGGAGACUGUGAGUACACUGUGUGUCCAUAAAGAUCAUUGGUUGGCUUCAGAUGUCGAGGGAUAUUGCGAAGACUUUGGAGCGGAUAAACACGAGGGAAAAGUCGUUGAACACGCAGUUGACGGCCAUGAUGAGCAAGUACAAAAGGGCGACGGACACGAGAGCGGAGCUCAGGGAAAAGUAUAAGUGAGUGGGGAGAGGGAGAGCGAUACUUGUUGCUCUAUUGCGCACUUCCAGGGCCGCAUCGGUGGGCGUGAGCUCUCGGACCGAAACGUUGGACCGUAUAAGCGAGGACAUUGAGCAGCUGAAGCAGCAGAUUGAAGAGCAGGGCGCGAAGAGCUCGGACGGCGCGCCGCUGGUCAAGAUCAAGCAGGCGGUGAGCAAGUUGGAGGAGGAGCUGCAGACGAUGAACGUGCAGAUCGGGGUGCUCGAGCAGUCGAUCCUCAACACCUACCUCCGCGAUCAUUUCAAUUUCAGCGCGAAUCUGUUGAACAUCAUCUGA